AUGAAGGAAGCGGUAACUUAUGAUCACGAUCAUCUGCAUCGCUUUGUCACUGUGUGUCAGUCCCUGUUCGGUUCCGGCUCUGAUGAUGAAGAGGACACUCCAGUCAAUCUGAUACGCGCGUCCCUUAAUCUCGAUAGGCUAAACGAGGAGCUGACUCGACUGAAGCGCGAUGUGUCUCUGAUGGAAUCCAACCGUGAAAUUGCCCAGAAAGUCUUGCUAGAAGCAGGUUUGGAUAUUUCCGAUUCUGUGCCCAUUGCAGCAGAGAAGCGGUCAUUCUGAGUGCUUUUGCGGCUCCCAGUUUUACUGCACCGCCUUGUCUCUUCUUCCUCGCAUUUGAGGGCAUUUUCGUCAUUUUGAUUAAAGUUGUACAUGAUUCAACGAACUUACUUCUCUGUUAUAAAUCAAGAUACCCAGACUAUUGAGUAUGCAGUGCUCGGAGAUUAUUUCUAAGUCCCUGGAAAUUUUCUUGCGUGACAAUCUCGCUUAACGAAUACCUUACUGUUCUUUUGACAUGGUGUUCCGUUCCCUUCAUCCGGUUUUACUAUUUAUGUCAGUAAUUAAAACAUUGGAUGGUGAGUCAGACUCUAUUGUCUGGGUCGUGUUACCCUCAGUGUACGCGGAUUUUUGCUUGUAGUAAAUAAAUGGAUUCGAUUGUA